AAAAGGGUCUGAACUCCCUUUGUUGAAGAAUUACAUUGUAUAUAUCAGGUCAAAGUUGUUUUUUUGUUAUAUUACAUAGUUGAAUCCCCUUGAUUUCUAUAUAUUAGUGAUAAUCCUGACUUUGUAAUUGUUUGUAAUUAUCUUAUAAGUGACCUGAUUGUGUAAUUACGCCAUCAUCAGUGUAUAGAACUUAAACUGAUUGUUUAAGUGUUUGGUUUGUUUGGUGACAGGGAGGAAUUUCCUCACUUGGCAUGGCUCAAAACCAUACUUAUUUGUCACUGAACCAGAGCUGAUCAAAGAAAUAUUAUCCAACAAAGAAGACACUUAUCCGAAAAUGGAUAUGGAAGGCUAUGCGAAGAAACUACUAGGGGAAGCACUUAUAACAAAUGAAGGUGAAAAAUGGGCAAAAGUAAGAAAACUGGCCAACCACACUUUCCAUGCAGAAAGCCUGAAACGUAUGGUACCAGAAAUGAGUGAAAGUGUACAGAAAAUGCUAGAAAGAUGGAAAGAACAUGAAGGAAAAGAGUUCGAUGUGUUCAAGGAUUUUGGGCUGUUAACAACUGAAGUAAUUUCCAGGACAGCAUUUGGAAGUAGCUACAUGGAAGGCAAACAUAUUUUUGAGAUGGUGGCAAAAUUGACUGCAAUUACUGUAAAGAAUGUUUACACUGUCAGAUUUCCUGGAAUCAGUUGGCUUAUAAGAACAGAUGAUGAAAUUGAAGCAGAGAAACUUGAAAGAGGGAUCAAGAACUCCAUUCUUGAGCUUGUAAGUAAAAGAGAAAAGGGCAAAGAUGGAAUGUCUGAAAAGUUUGGGAAUGAUUACUUAGGACANGAAAAUAUGCUAAUAAGAACAGAUGAUGAAAUUGAAGCAGAGAAAAUUGAAAGAGAGAUCAAGAACUCCAUUCUUGAGCUAGUAAGUAAAAGAGAAAAGGCCACAGAUGAAAUGUAUGAACAGUUUGGGAAUGAUUACCUAGGACAACUUAUGAAGCUUCUGAAUGAAUCCGACACGAACAAGAGUAUCACAAUAGAUCAAAUGAUCGACGAGGUCAGGACAUUGUAUGGUGCUGGUCAUCUUACAACGACAAGCUUACUUGGCUGGUCUGUUUUUCUCUUAGCACUUCACCCCGAAUGGCAAGAAAAAGCCAGAAAGGAAGUUGUUGCAUUCUGUGGCCUCAAAAAACCAACUUCUGAUGCAAUUGCAAGACUAAAAACAAUGAACAUGAUACUUAACGAAUGUAUGAGAUUGUAUCCUCCAGCUAUUACUGUGACAAGGAAGGCUAAAAGAGAAGUUGAACUAGGGAUCAUGACUCUUCCAGCUAACAUGACAAUUUUCAUGCCAAUUCUGGCACUGCAUCAUGAUCCUCGAAUAUGGGGUGAAGAUGUUCACGUCUUCAAACCAGAGAGGUUUGCAGAAGGGGUAGCUAAAGAAACUAACAACAAUGCAGCAGCAUUUUUUCCCUUCGGAUUGGGACCUCGUACUUGUGUUGGUCAAAAUUUCACAACCAACGAAGCAAAGAUUGCCUUGUCGAUGAUUUUGCAGCGUUAUAAGUUCACUCUGUCACCUAAUUAUGUGCAUUAUCCAUCUGAUAUUUUCCUUUUGACUCCCAAAGAUGGAGUUAAAGUUGUCCUUGAAUCCAUUUAG